ACCAGAGCUCGCCCGCAUCCCUAUGAUAGCCUCUCCCUCUCUCUCUUCCUCCUCCCUGCUGUGCUGGUGGCUGCUCCGUCACGUCCCGUCGCCGCUGCCAUUUGUUGCUGCUUCGCCUCUUCCCCAGACGAGCGCGUGCACUCGAGUACUUGACCUGACCGCACCACAGCGGAGAGGGACCCAGAGCCUUCUCCUCCGCCCUCCCCUUGCUUCCCUUCCACACUAAUCAGUAAUCUCUCCCAGAACAGCCCUGUUCUCCCUCUACAUGGUCGCCUCCGCCCGGCCGGAACACGCCCGUGCAAUCGCAAUCCACGUCCCUCUCUUUUGCUCCGCCGCCGGCGACCAUUGCCCCCGUCGCGAGAUUGGUCGAGGCCAGCUAGCGGCGCCUCCUCCCAUUCCAUUGGUAUGUCCGAGGAGGAUAUGCCCUGUUUCCGUCGAUUCUUGCUCAUGUGUAAUGGGGCGUCUCUGGUCGAUCGGCUCGGCGCAGGGAAUAGGGUUCAACAAGUGUGGAUCCAGCGGCGCCUCGAGUUUGUUCCGUUCCGUCGCAGAUUCUCUCGUCCCUUUUCCGUUUCACCAGCGAUUUUUUCUUGGAAAACACUUUUAUGGUUAAGCGAUGCUCGAAUCUAGACCUCGUUGAUCUUUGUUUUGUUCCGUCGCAGAUUCGCUCACCCUAUUUAUGUUUCAGCAAAAAAAUGGUACUAAAUGUUGUAUUUUGUCGCAUAUUUAUUACUACUAGUAUCAGUUUGGCACUAGCUAGGACAUGAAUCUUGCAUUUUCUCGAGAAAAAAAGAGUAAAUGAAUGAAUCUGUAUGCCUAUGGAGAUAUUUAUGAUAGAGUGUGGAAUUUAUUCACCAUAGAUCAUGCUUUGAGUUUCGCACGUUUUAUGUCGCUAUAUUAUGCACCAUUGUACUAAUUCAUACUCCCUCCAUUCUAAAAUAAGUGUCUUAACUUUGUACUAGCUUUAGUAUAAAAUUGUACUAAGCUUAAGACACUUAUUUUAAGACGGAGGAAGUAUUUGGUUUGUGCAAAUCCAUUUAUAUGUAUAUUCGGCGUUGGAAAAUAGUUGACAAUUUAGUAAUAGUCGAAUCUAGAUCUCGUUGCUCUUUGUUUUAGACAUUUUGAUGCUGUAGAAUUGACUUCAUUAAGGUGUGAAAUGAGAUGUGCUACAACAAAGAUGGCGAGAGCAUGCCAAUCUCAAAGCAUGAACCGAUGCUGGGUUUUGGGGUUGUAUAUGGCUCACCGGCCACCGGGACAGCCAUGUACUAUCCAUUUAGAAUAUUGUUGAUCAGAAAUUCAGAUUUCUUGUUCCAUAUGAAGCAAACCGUUACAAAAUUCUGCUUAGCAGGCAGUUGAAUGUCACAUCAUGAGAUGCUAAGCUACAUGGCUGAAGAUACGCUCAAGGGAGGACCUAAAGGUCGCCGUAGCCAUCCCAUCAGUGAAACUCCAUUUGAGGCAUUCUAUGAUGGCUCAUGGCAUGGAGUUAAUUGUAUAAGGAUCAGGGAUGGCGGGCUGUUCGUUAAAUUUACCUACUCUAGCUCCACAGUCGAGCAUAAUGUGGAUGGGGAUCAUCUGCGCCUACGCUCCAGAAGAGCUACGUACUUUGACUGCUCGCAUGUUCUCAAGCCGGGUGUUGAUAUUUGUGUGCAAUCGUCUCAUCUACUGCAAGGAAGUCCGACUGGGGAAAUGAAAUCUUCGAUGUUACUGUGUCAUGAUGCAAGGCUCAUCACAAUCAAGAGAAAUCAUAUUGAAGAUCAGUGUCUCUGCUUGUUUGUUAUUAUGCUCUACAAGAAUCAGUAUCCUGACAAUACAGAAAAUGGAGACGUGAUAUCUGAUAGAAGAGAACAUGUGGUGACCCUAAACAAUAUCUUGCUCUUGCAAAAGCUCCAACCUAAGGAGAUCCAUGAGGGAAGUGUACAAUGGAGCUACGCGGAGGAUUGUCUCUCUCACAAUAGAAGCAAGCUGUUAAGUGCUAGAUUCUCCCAAGAAAUUGCACAUCUCAUAGUUUUGUCUAUCCUGAAUGGAAUGGAGUUCAGCAUCAAGUUGGUAAAACGAAACAUCAUCUAUAGAAUCAUCACAGGAGGCCGAGCGCAUUGCAAUCUUGGUUCCACGAGCACACCUCCAGGCUUUGGCAACAGCAUGGAGAUAGUUUCAUUCCAACUGCGCAAUGAGGCUUUAUGCCCAAUUAUCAGGAAUAUCCCGGUCACUCAUGCAAACAAACACAAUCUCACAGAAGACAUGAGAUUCACUAUGAAGACCGAAUUGGAUGGUCAAUUGGAAGACAGGAGAUUUACAGUCAAGACUGAGUUGGAUGGUCUAUUAGAUGUUUUCUCGUAUGAAGAAGUGGAUUUGAGGCGUUCAAAGCGUCAGAAAACUCAAGCAGAGCGCUUUACUACCUAUGACAUGCCUAAUUUCGGACGUGACAGGUGGAAGAGACGUGAUGCGUCGUCCAGCAAGCAUUGCAAUUCAGCAAGAGCUUCACGUCGAGAUUCACCAGUUGAAGUAGAAUCAACUUAUGCAGAGGUCCCAGUGAAUAUCACACGGAAACAAACAAGUGCAACUGCUUUCGUGGUCAAGGAAAACCCAAACUCCGCAGAAGGGAAGCAUAAGAGCACAGCAAGGAUAACUCCUGUUAAGGAAAAACCCAGCUCUGUGGAAGUGAAGGAGGAGAGCACAGUUGAAGAAAGAUCUUCGGAUCCUCAUGUUCCACGGACACCUGCAAAGAGCAGGGAGAAGAAUCUUCACCUCCCUUUAUCUCUUCGGCGCAAGUCAUUUACUUCAUCACGCAGCCUAAAUGGCAAUUCUGAGCCAGCAUUUGGUCGGAAAAGAAAGGAACGCAUGUGCGAAAGAGAAUACAAGAAAAUGGUAAACCAAUGCAUAGGAAACAUCCAGACUGAAAUGGACAGGGACUUUGAGUUUUAUCUAGGUGUUCCGAUGAUGAGUUACGAUCAGGGUUUUCACGGAGAAGUGAAUUUUACAUGGCCAGCUUCUGCUGACAGUGACAGUCAAGAAGAGAAGGAUGGUCUUGAGGAAUUUUGGAAAGAAAUGGACCACUCAUUGACCACAAUAGCGCUUGAGAAAAAUCAGGACUCACAUUCAGAAGCAGUUCAUGAAGCCACUGCUGAUUUAGGUAAAAGUGAAGAAAAUCCAUGUGAUCAUGACUGCAUACUGGAUGAGGAGCUUGGACUGGUGUGCAGAUUAUGCAAUGUUGUAUGUGUGGAGAUAAAGCAUAUCUUUCCGCAAAUGGCCAAUGGUAAUGGCUAUAACAAGGAGAGACCUGGAUGCCGCAAUUUUGAUCAUGAUGAUCUUGUACUUGAUCCUUCUCUUCUUGCAAUCUUGGGACCAGAGUUUUCAGAACUGAGGGGCUCCGGGAACCUGUGGAGUUUAAUACCCGAUCUUGAGCCUAAAUUACUUCCUCACCAAAGGAAUGCAUUCGAAUUCAUUUGGAAAAACUUGGCGGGAUCGCUGCAACUCGAGGAAAUGGAUAAUCCAACAGCCAGUACUGGUGGCUGUGUGGUUGCACAUACUCCUGGAUCGGGGAAAACUCUGCUGCUGAUCUCAUUUCUUGUCAGUUACUUAAAAGUUCACCCAAGAAGCCGGCCAUUGGUGCUUACUCCAAAAUCUGCUAUCCAUACAUGGAUGAGAGAAUUUGAGAAAUGGGGCAUUUCAGUUCCUCUGCAUCUGCUUCAUCAGGCUGACAGAAGAGGCAAGCCAAUGUGGCCUAUUGAUCCUAGGCUGCAGGCAAUUUUAAGCAAUUUUCGCCGGCCGAGCUGGAAAAACAUUUGCCUUGUGGAUCGGCUGGACAAGUUAUGCAAGUGGCAUGAGCGUCCAAGUGUUCUCCUCAUGACAUACUCAUCUUUCUUACGACUGGCGAAAGAAGACUCAAGAAUGCCUCAGCGAGCAUUCAUGGCGCAAGUCCUGAUCAACAACCCUGGGUUGUUGAUCCUCGACGAGGGACACAACCCGAGGAGCAACAAAUCCAAGUUGAGGAGGGUGCUGAUGAAGGUGAAGACAGAGUUUAGAAUCCUCAUGUCUGGUACAGUCUUCCAGAAUAACUUUGAAGAGUAUUUCAACACCCUAUCUCUGGCCAGACCUCGGUUUGUCGACGAUGUUAUGACCGCGCUUGUCCCGGAAAGGAAGAAGGAAACAAGCGGCAGGAGAGCUAAACAUAGAGAAGCAGUGGCAAGGCGAAUCUUCGUGGACAGAGUUGGGCAAAUGAUCGAGUCUAGCAACAACUGGGACCGGGCAGGUGGUAUCAGUUUGUUAAACAAGCUUACAUGUGGGUUCAUCGAUUCAUUCGAAGGGUCAAAGCUAAGAAGCCUUCCAGGGAUACAUGUAUAUACACUUUUCAUGAAACCCACUGAAAUUCAGGGUGAUAUACUUUCAAAAAUAUCGAUGGCAACGUCAUGCGGUGGCCGUUACCUUCUCGAGGUUCAGCUGCUCAUCACCAUUGCUUCUAUCCAUCCAUGGCUUAUAAAAACAACCAAAUGUUCUAGCACUUACUUCACUCCAGAAGAAGUGCAUGAGGUUGACAGGUACAAGAGGGACUUUGCUGUCGGUUGCAAGGCGAAGUUUGUCAUCGAUCUGCUGCACAAGUCGUCGUACAGGGGGGAGAGGGUGCUGAUAUUCUGCCACAAUGUAUCGCCCAUAAGCUUUCUUGUCGAGUUGAUCGAGAAUGUGUUUGGAUGGCGCCUCGGGGAGGAAGUCCUGGUGCUCCAAGGCGAUCAAGAGCUGCCCGUCCGCUCCGAUGUCAUUGACAAAUUCAACACCGACAGUCAAGGGAAGAGGAAGGUCCUUAUUGCUUCGACAACGGCGUGCGCCGAGGGUAUCAGCUUGACAGGCGCGUCGAGGUUGGUCAUGCUGGAUUCAGAGUGGAACCACUCCAAGACCAGGCAGGCGAUCGCGCGGGCGUUCAGGCCUGGACAGGAGAGGACCGUGUAUGUCUACCUUCUGGUUGCAUAUGGUACAUGGGAGGAGGAUAAGUAUAAUAGUAACAGAAGGAAGGCUUGGAUGGCGAAGAUGGUCUUCCACGGGCGCUAUUUCGAUGAUCCACUACAAAACGCGGUGACUGCUAUUGAUGAUGAUCUUCUCAAGGAGCUUGCUGAUGAAGAUAAGAGCAAAACCUUCCAUAUGAUAGUUAAGCAGGACUGACCGACCAGAAGGAUGCUCUAUCUCUCGUGUCCCUCUCUCCUAUCCUGCAUGGCUAUUUUGUUCGUCUGGUGUGUAGACCUGCGCCGUAUCGUUUAUGUGAGACCGCUUGUAUAUAUAGCAUAUGUCGACAUGCUCUAAUCUAAUGUGAACUUCUCUGGUAUUUUGUAA